AUGGCCGCGCAAAAGCUCUCCGUGCCGUGGGACCGUCUCAAGGCCUGGAUCGCCGAGCAAGAGAGCGCGGAGCAACAGGGCCGCGAUACCAUGGCGAGGCCGCAGCUCGCGGCUCUCUCACACAUUGUCGACUUCGUCGAGCCCGAGCCGGACGUCAGUGGCCGGGACUACGUGAGCCUUCUCAUGCACGAAGGGCUGGAGGUCCCCUUGAAGGGAGUUUUCAUGAUGCGGUGGACGACGACUUGCCAUCUAAAAGAAAACGGCGAGGUAACGACAUUUCCCCGUGAAGGCUAUGGCCUCACCGAAGGCCAGCAGCCGCCCCUGUUUGCUGCCAAAAAGGCGGCGAAGCAGUAUGCCGCCAAACACGCAUUAGAAUAUCUCCAAUCCAAGUCACUGCCGAAAGUCUCCCUCCCCCCAAUCUCUGGCGGCGUCCCCCUCAGACCACCAGCCACCCCUCCCGUGGCAAAAGACCAAACCAAACACACGAGCGGCAGUGUCAGUAUCGACCCCCCUGCGCUGGCUGUGCCUCCAGGUGGCGCUGGCGGCGCGCCUCUAGCACCGCUCUCAUCGCGCAGAGACAUCAUCCCCGAGAUGGAACCUGUGGCUGAUGCCCAAGCUGAAUCAGUGAUUCCCGACAACAGCGCGGAGUUCUACAGCGACAAGCUGCCCUCCCUCCUGGAGCAAGUCGCCAGGGAAGGAGUACGUCUCAAGAUUGGGUGUCCAGAGUACCAGAUUUGGGAGGAUCCGGAUAAGAAGGGGUACUUUGCUGGGCGGCCCGUCUUUAAGAAACCCAGUCGGAUGCCGGAGGAUAUAGGGCAUGUCGCGGGAGCGAUUUCGAAGAACUUGGCCAAGGAGCUCAUUGCAGAAGAAUUGCUCAAGUACUAUAGGACCGAGUUAGAUCGGCGGCAUGGGCUCAUAGGCUCUUUCGGGAAGGCUCCUGAACAGAAGGCGGUAGAGUCAACCUGA